GGCACCAUCAACAACACCGCCCCGUACAACCACCAUGUCGCUUUUCGGCAAUCUUGGAGGCUCCCAGCCCGCCUCUUCUGGCACAUCAGGCGGAGGGCUGUUUGGUGCAACAACAGGCGCAUCAGGCGGUACUACACCAAGCUUGUUUGGCAAUCUGGGCGGAAGUACUUCGAAUGCGCAAUCCAGUACGACACAAGCACCGAGCACUGGAGGCGGACUUUUCGGUGGCUUGGGCGGAGCAAAGCCGGCAGCAACUACGACACCCUCACUGUUCGCUGGCGCUGGGUCGACCUCACAGCCGCAAACGCAAGCGCAACCGAGCAGCUUCGGCGGACUCUUCAAUAAACCGACAUCGCAAGCGACAACGACCAACAACACGCAGCAAACGAGCGGCCUGGGCCAAUCCUCCCUCUUCGGUGCUACCACCACACAGGAGCAGCCCCAACAGCAACAGCAGCAACAGGGCGCGUCGCUGUCGCAAGCAAACGCUGGUACCGGUCGCUCAGCCCACUUCGACCAUCUGCUCGAGCGAGGGCGUAAGCGCAAUGCUGGCGAAAAUGGCGGCAACAACUUCGACGAGCUGCCGUCCCUACAGUUGGGACUGGGAGACAUCGCACGGAAGGUGCGCAAUCUGGGUGCUGGAGGUCCCUCAGCAGACCAGGUCCAGGAUCGCUCCCAGGAUCGCGCUGCACACUACCUACUUUCCGCCUCUGGCGUCAAGAUGGGCAGCACCCUCCGCGACCUCAACCAAUUCUCUUCGCAAGGCGGUCUCGCUGCACCCAGUCAGGCACAGAACCUGUUCGACAACGACGUAGACGGCUACAUCUCGAACCUGCACUCCCAAUCCACCCUAGCACUCAUUCAAGAAGGAUUGGAACAAUCUAAACGCGACUUCGACACAUUCCUCGAGGACAACGUUCAGAUCGAAUGGGACAAACAGAGGCAGAGGAUCUACGAACAUUUCGGACUCGGCCGACAGAGUGAAGAUAUGGCCGCAUCCCAAAGCGGCGCAUUUGGCAGCACGGCCCGUGGAGCUUUUGGACGCGCAACAGGGCGCAAGGGUCGUUCUAUGGGCCCUAACAGCGGUGCGUCUGUAAACGGGAGAUCGACUUUUGGCGCGUCUGCUGCCGGACCGCCUGUCCUAGGCGCCUCUCAAAGCGUGCUUGGUGGGCGCGAACCUACCGAUAAGUCUGUCAUGGGUGGACAAGCUGCUUCUCAGGACCGACACGCACGUGACAAACAAGAAAAGUACAUGGACGAGGUCAAGAAGCUCAACGAGUCCAGGCUACGUGAGAGCUCAUUCUCGGUACUCCAUGCAUUUUCAGACGUGGAAAAGGCUGCGGGCACCGAAUACUCAGACCACUUCACAAAUGCGUAUGGAGCGCUUAUAUCCAUCACUGGCGAGAAAACCGAACUGGAGGCCUCCAACCCUGGUUCCAACCAGCCAAAAGAACGAAGCUUCGCCAAGGACUACUUGGACGACCAACCGAACUCUGCUGCCAGCGUACGCAUGCGUAAAUGCAUACUCGAUGGCUCUCGGAAGUUCUUGGAAAGCAAGUUCUUGGAGCAAGUCGAAGAUGUGUUGCGGAGGAACCCUGCAGAGGCGCUCGUUGGUGGAGUUCCCUCUAUGCUCAACAAAAUCCGAGGCUUUGUACGAGCGAAGGCUGCGUUUAAGGAGCUCGGCGCAGACAGUGAUCUAUUCCAGAGGAUAGGUGAAGCUGGCGAUGAAUUUCCUUGGAUUAUCAUAUUCUUUCUUCUCAGAGGUGGCCUCCUCACUGAGGCUGCUGAAUAUGUGCGAGAGAAGAGAAACUUCUUCCAGAACACCGACAGAAACUUCCAGGCGGCAAUAACUCAGUACGCCACCGAUCCAGAGCGAAGGCUGAACCCAGAUACGCAACAAAAGGUCGCGCAUACGCAUGCGCAGAGAACUCGCUUGAAGACGCCAGAAGAUCCCUACCGAAUGGCCUGCUACAAGAUCGUCGGCCGGUGUGACAUGAGCCAACGCAAUCUGGCGCCAAUCAAAGAGAACAUGGACGACUGGGUAUGGCUGCAAUUUAAUCUGGCCCGUGAAGGCAAUCGCGCUGAAGAGAAUGCUGGCGAGAUCUUCGGCUUGGAAGAACUGCGAACAACCAUCAAGGAUAUCGGUCAGCGUCACUUCAUGAAUGACGAAGCCGAGUCCGCGGGUGGCUAUGGAAUCUACUUCUAUCUCGCUACGCUUGCUGGUCUGUUCGAGCCAGCGAUCAACUACCUCUACACUCACAACUACGUCUCUGCGGUUCACUUCGCCGUUGCUCUGGACUACUACGGUCUACUGCGUGUGUCGGACUGGACGACUGCAGGUGGAGAGAUCAUAACCUUCACUACACGACAGCAGCCACAGCUCAACUUUGGGCGCGUGAUCGGCCACUACACCAGUGACUUCCGUGCCGCACGAGCUGAUGCUGCAGCUGACUACUUGGUGUUGAUUUGCAUGAAUGCGGAUCUACCAGGCGAAGCAGGACGACAGCAGGCAGAGCUUUGCCACGAGGCGCUUCGUGAACUUGUCCUUGAGACGCGCGAGUUUUCCACGUUACUGGGUGAUGUCAAGUCGAACGGCGAGACGACGCCUGGUCUCAUUCAGGAACGUGUGCCGUUGCUCAAGCUGGACGGUGAGAUGGGCCUGUUGAACACCAUCACUAGUGAAGCCGCGAGGAUGGCAGACGACAAUGGACGCAUCAACGAUGCCAUCUUACUAUGCCACCUUGCUGGCGAGUAUGACAGUGUCGUAACGAUCUUGAACCGCGCACUUGCCGAGGCACUCUCUGUAGAGCUCGGCCAAGAGCCACUUCGUCUGGAGCCGUUGAAGCCACGGCUGACACCCGCAGAGUCACAGCAACAGCAGCAGCAACGGAGCGAUCUGACUUCGUCGAGCUUGAGCAUGCUCGGAACAGAUGAUCCUGUCGAACUUGCCCAAAAGGUUCUUGCACUGUACGAUGCAAACAGUCUAUGGUGGAGGAAGGUGUCACAGAUGAACCGUGAUACAGUUGGAAUACUAUUCCAGCUCAACAACGCAAAGAAGGUCAUCGAGGCUGGCGACUACAUGGCAGCACUCGGCCAAAUCGAGAACCUUCGUAUCCUCCCUCUAUCUGCUGGAGGCAACGUCAGCGACAUUCGCGCUACAGCCAACAGUUUCAACUCAUACCCACCAGAGAUUUCACGCAAUAUUGGCAACGUGCUCCUCUGGUGCAUCGGCUGCUGCUCGCGACACCGUGAGCGUCUUCUGUCUGGACAGUUCGAGGACAGAAUGCGCAAGGUGCUUGCAGAUCAGCUGCUGCAGAAGGCGAAGGAUCUCAUGGUCUUUGCUGGGCUGAUCAAGUACAAGUUGCCACCGAGAGUGUUUGAGACGCUGGCUAGGGAAGGUCAGGAAGUGGGGGCUUUCUAGAAUUGGGGUAAUGAUGAUAGAUAUUCGCAUGUUGGAGUCUCUGGAAUUGACAUUGUAGUCUCAGGAUGGGCUGGGAAAUGCUUGGAUUUGCGAGCAAAGGUCGAUUGAACAUUCGCGCAAUUGCUGGACAUGGUUGGUUUGACGUCGAGCGGUACCAACAAAUGAUUAUAUUUCCGGGCCAUCCGUAUCUCAGUGGUGAUCAGAAUGCUUUCGCCGCAAGAGGCCGCGUGGGGUGACGGCCAAGACGAAGAUGGUACAACGACAGCACAGCAAUCGUGGCACAGACGAUGUCUCGCUAUGCUGUCAUUUGUUGACAUGCAAGUCUUGCAGGUUAAGGCAAUAAUGAAGUCGUUCGAUUCUAGGAACGUGCCGGCGGCC